AUGUGGACAGACUGUGUUCCAUACUCGACGGGGGGGCCGACAACAAAAAUCCCCGGAGAACAAUCGGCGGUACGACCGACCAGUACUGCUGGGUUGUGGCCGUACGUGCAGCAGCCACUCACCAGAGUUAUUGCUUCUUAUUCGUUGCUCGUCGAUUGUCCUGUCAAUCAUCCCGAUGCCUACUGCGAUUCAGACAGGCCCCAGAUACAUCUAUGCAUGCGUGCCGUAUACAAAUGGUACUACCGAGAACCGCGGUUGGACGGAAUCUGA